GGAACGUUGGAUUCCAUUUGUGUCAAAAUGUUUGUAUUCAUUGCUGAUUAAACUUGCUAUAGUCUUAGUUUUUUGUAAGUUGACUACUCAUAAAUGUUAACGGCCCUCUGCAUAGUGCAAGUUGGCAUUCGUGAACGAGCAAAACGAAGCCACUCCUCUGUUGCGGGAAACAUAUGUCACAUGACUGCAGGCGGACGCGGUCUCGAAGUAAUCUUAGUAGAAGAUGGCAGCGCCGUCGGGAGGAGGCGAUUCAGGUAAUGGAACUGAUCAGGUACUAGAACUGGGAAAAACAUUACUGACAGAUUUCAUCUACGAACGGGUUCGUCGCCAUGGUGACAGCAGUACUCAGUUGUCAGUGUCACGGACCCAGUUGGGCGGGAGUGAGCUGUGUGACCCCAACCACAAGAAACUGGCCCUGUGCCUGCAGCAGAUUGGGGAUGAGCUGGAUGGCAAUGCACAGCUCCAAAGUAUGAUAAAUGAUUCUGCACUCCAGCCCAGCCAGGAGGUUUUUAUGAGAGUGGCCUGUGAGAUCUUCUCUGAUGGGAAGUUCAACUGGGGCAGGGUGGUGGCACUCUUCUACUUUGCCUGUCGGCUGGUCAUCAAGGCUCUGUUGACCAAAGUCCCCGACAUCAUCAGAACCAUUAUCAGAUGGGCCACAGACUACCUGCGAGAUCAUGUGAUCAGCUGGAUUACGGAGCAGGGUGGCUGGGAGGGAAUCCGUUCCUACUUUGGCACUCCCACCUGGCAGACCGUGGGGGUGUUCCUCGCUGGAGUUCUUACCACUGUGCUGGUCAUCCGCAAGAUGUGAGGGGGAGGAGAGCCUGAGAGAAGAAAUGACAGAGGGAAGGACAGAAGACUGGGAGGGAAACUGUGUAGUAGAGGCAGACAUGAUGUGAGAGUGAAUGGGAAGUGUUUCUGGGGAAGGAAAAGGUGAGAAAUAGAGUUGGGGGAUGGAAAAACAGCAACGUUUGAACCUGAUCAACCACUCCUCUUUCCUGCCCUCCAUUCAUCCGUGGCAAAGGAUUGAGAGUCAGAUUCAAAGUUCUUACCUCUGUUCCCUACACAGCUGAAAAUGUGAGCAGCUCUUGACUGCACACACAGGAGAGAAGGAUGUGUACAGACUCAGCCAGGGCACAUCUUUUAAUUUAUUUAUUUUUUAUUUCUUACAAACAAGUCGCUGAAUGACAUUUUGUUGCUUAAGUCUUCUGACAUGAACUGAAUAUUCUUGUCCUCAGGUUAGCCAUGAGAAUCUCCUAUGCUUUCCUGCUGCGCUUUAUUUUUGUUACUUCUCUUCCAUUGAGUCUCUCCUUUUUCCUAUGAUCAUUCUCUCCGUGCGUCUCAUCAUGGUAUCUCUGCUAGAGUAUGCAUUUUGGGGUGUGUGUCUGUGAGCAUUUACGUGUGAUCAUAGGAUCAACAGAUGUUGCAGGUACGUGUGUGUAUGUGCAAUUCUACUGCAGACACACACAGCACUGUCCUUCUCUCACAGAUGUUUACCCCUCUCUCAGCAAAGUGUUCAAAGUACUGUAUUCUAUGGUGGGCUAUUUAAAAGUAGCCCAUACCAUAAUCCUUCACAAUCAAAUGCUCUUUUUAUAAACCUUGUUAAUGUGUAAACAAAUAAGGAAACUUUGUUUUUUUAAAAAUCUUCUACAAUAAAUUGCUUUGAUAUUGUUCACAUUCUUCCACUUUUUCUAUAUCUUUUCUAAACUCAUGUCUCCCAAAAUAAUCUUUUUGUGUGACACUUGUUUGUUUUGUAUGUUGUAAUAUGAACAUAAAAUAAAAACAUUUUAUGGAUUGCGA